AUGGCCUUUUCCUGCCACGGCAUUCCAUGCAACUCGCCAUCCAUCCUCAUUGUCGAUUCAGCCGCAAAUGCGGUGGACACAACCACGCUGUCCGUUCCAGAUGUGGUACGUGGAUUCCACCACCGUGACGGCCUCGAUGUGUCCAUGCCACUCUUCUCCAUGGUGACAUUCAUUCACACCGGAGCAGUGACGCGUUCCGCCCACACAAACAGGAAAUACCUCGUCACCUUCAGGGGCACCACCAAGUCUGCUCGCUCUGAUGCCAUGCGCAACCACCUCCCCAAGCUGCACAAUGGCAGAGAAUGGGCCGUGAGGGCGAAGGUUGGACAUGACCCGUCAUGUAAGCAGGCAGAGGAAGAGUUCAACAAGUACACGUACACGGAUCUGGUGCUGGAGACCAAGUUUGGGCUCAUCGUCGAAGGAUUUGGCUACCACUCCUUCAGAUCAUGGCUGCGGGUGCCAUCCCCGUUAUUGUCGUCGAUCACUACGUGCUGCCCUACCAGGACCUGCUGGACUGGGGGACGUUCAGCAUCCGCAUUCCCCGAGCACAGGCUCCUCGAGCUUCCGAGGAUCCUGCGUUCGAUCUCUGAUGAGGUCGUGGAGAUGAUGCAGAGACGCGUUGUGUUUGUGUUUGAGGAGUUCUUCAAGUCCCUCUCCACCCAAGUGCACACAGCGCUGCUGGAGUCUGCCAGGAUCAACCUGUUCAGCGGCGACAACGCGUGGCAGGGGGAAGAUGCAAGUGCAAGGGCUGGCGUACAACACGCCCAAUGAGACAGACGCCACACGAUGUGAUGCAGGAGUCUGCAUGGUGCAACACCCCCGCCCACCGACGAAAGGCGGCCAAGGAUAAUGCACCCAUGUGAUGUGUUUGCGCGCAAUGACGAUGAUGAUGAGGAGGAGGAUGAGGAGGAGGAUGAGGAGGAG